AUGUUCCGGCAGGACUACCUGAACAGUGACGGGGAGCGGGCAUACACCCUGAAGAAGCUGGACACCCAGGGUCGAGUGACCACAACAGCCCACCCAGCUCGGUUCUCCCAGGACGGCAAACACUCAAGGCACAGGGUGCCACUGAAGAAACGUUUCAAUAUCCUGCCUACCGAGCAGCCGGCUUCUGCCCUCUGA